UUGGUGCUUUGGUUGGGCUUAAAAGAGCUAAGUUAUGUAGACAUUACUUGACAAAUCUAAACAAGGUUACAGAAACUCAGUAGCUCCAGAAGGACAAAUAACAGGAAAAAUCAGUGGAAAACAAAUCCCCCGGUGCCAUGUUACUUCCUCCACAGGAAAGACUAAGAAGUUCUAUGGUAAGAUAACUUGCUUCACUUCUCCAGACCCUAUUGGGUGUCCCGGCUGUUUGAUGGACCCUUUGCUGUGAGUUGCUAGCACAAGUUUACUUUCCUUGCUUCUGUACUUUCUUUCAGUCUGUAGAAGAAGAGGAAAAAAAAUGGAGUACAAAAAAAGAGUGCUUCUUGCUACAAUAUUUUUUUUCACAGCUGUCUGCUACAAAGUGACAGCACAGGAAACAAGGCUACUGGAUUUUCUAAAUAGCACAAAUGUUGUAGAUGACCAGUACAAAGGAUGUCAUGAAGAGGCCAUGAAGACGUUCAUCGAGUCAGAUGUGUUAAAACGAGAACUAAGUGAAGGAUUUCAGAAAGCGUGGAAUAAAAGUAACGAGUGUUCAAAGCAGAUCCCUCAAGGACGAAAAGAGCAUACUGCUGCACUUUCAGUCUAUCUUAAAGCGGAUAAAUCGUUCAUACAAACACUGAACAAAGCAAUAGAGACAAUGGGUGGAAAUGUUAGCAUCUAUGAAAACCACUUCAACUUCAAGUCUCUUCAUUUCCUGCUGAUGGACUCCAUGACGCUGCUGAAGCCAAAGGAGUGCAAGAACUUUUAUGUUUUUCAAGAUGGUCAAAACCAACCACAGAAAGGCUCCACAGUGAGAUUUACAAGUUUCACUUUAGCUUAUUCAGACUAUGAAGAGCUAAAGAGACUUGAAGAUGUCAAUGAGAAUACUAUUUUAAAUCUCACUUCAUGCUUCUUUGUCAACCUGAAAGACUAUGUGUGCGGUCAAGAACAGGAUGAAAUACUCUUGUCUCCAGCAGAAGUUUUCACUGUGGAACAAGUGGAAACAAAAACUACAUCGGAUGGUGACGAAUACCUUGAGAUUGUUUUGAAACAGUCAGGACUGCAAAGCUCACACAACUGUUACAUCUUUUCACGCACUUCAAGAGGGCAUGAGACUACCACAGCUGUCAUAGAGCGAUCCAGUGUUCCAGGAGUUGUCACAGACCGAAACAGGUCUCCUCCAGCUGUUGUCUCCACCCUGUGGCUUGUAUCAGUGCUUGCGGCCUUAUCUUUGUUUUCUUUAGCUGUUUAGCAAAAACAGUUUUCAUUCAGAGUUUCAGAGUUUUAUCAUCUACAGUAUUGCUGUGAUUCUUCAUACAAUUGUUUUACAUGUUAUCUGACUGAUUGUGUUGAAUUAGUUGUCUUAGCAGCAAUUUUCUGUUUCUGUCAUAUGUUAUGAAUUAUAGACUUCAUGACUUCAGAAUAUUUGAUAAAGAUUUUAAAGGGAUGCAGAAAAUUGGUGUAAAACACAGUGGGUUCAAAUUUCAGGCUCAUGUGCAGCUGCUGUCAAGACCAACUAGAAAUAAUCUGCAAUCAUGAGAUGCUUUUAUUUGUUCUUAUGGUCACAUAGAUCGAUAGAUAUAUAUUGAUAGGUUUUAUAGACUUUAUUAAGCCUGCACAGUUCAUUUGUUCUAGCGGCACAGGGGUCAGCAAGAAAAAAGGUGAAUUUGAUAUAGAUUAGAAAAGAAAUAAGAAAAAAUGUAUACAGAUUAAAAAAACAACAAAAUACUAUAGAAAAGUGUAUGUUACUGUAGUAAAAUACACUGCAAGACAUGUCACAGAGAUUAUGUUAUAUGUAUAUAAAGUGCAGUGGGACCGAUAACAUAUACACGUAUGUAUUUUAGUAGGUAUCUGUGAUGUGUGCGCAUUGUACUGUCUGACUGAUUUGAAGGACUUACGACAGCGCUCUGUCCUAAACAGUCGCUGAUGCUCUUCCUGCCAAACUGCUUCUGUUUCCCUGUCAAAUAAACAACAUGCAAAAUAUAAAA